UCCACAAAUCACUUUAAAGCAUCACACGCGUAGAAAGGAGUGAGGAUGAAAAGGGGGAGAGCCGGCGAGAGGGCCUGAAGGUGCGGCCAUGAGCUCCCAGGCUGGGGCCAGCGGGGAUUGUAGUGUGGAGAAGCUGGUGAGACCCCCGAUGCCAGGACGGAAAGUCCACAGAGUCCCGAGACAAGUUAAGACGAGAGAACAGGAGGACAGAGGGGCGCUCGUCAGAAGGACCAUCAGCAUCGAGACUAUUGGGAAUGCAUCAGGAGAAAGCAUGGCGAGUCUGUCCAGCUCCGAUGCGGAGGGAUCGAACAACGAGCCAAGAGGAAGCUCCGCCACCAACGUGAAACCACAAGCCUCUGUCCAAGCCAGAUCCACUCCAGCGACCCCUCGGAGACUCUUGUCAUCCAGGACACCUGCGGUGGACCCCCACAGCUGUCCUGGCAGAGACCCUGAUCCAUUCUGGCUGGAAGUGCAGAGGACAGGGUGGUCAUGUGAGGAGGAGGAUGAGGAUGAGGAGGAGGCGGGGGCGAGUAGGGUGAUUGACGCGAUGAGCCCACCUUUGACCCCGACUCCGCCUGCGUCGUUGGUCGGGGAGAGGAGGAUGAGCAGAAGAGAGAGAAAUAGGAUAAAAUGUCUGAGGAGGAGGCAGAGGAGGAAGGAGCGAUGGAGACAGAGUCAGCUGCAGAGUUCCACAGCUAACGUUAGCAGCACCGACAGCGGCGACGACGUCGAUGAGGAAGAAGUGCUGAGCGACAAAGAGGGUUACAUCUGCGCCGUGUGCCUGGACGUCUACUUCAGCCCGUACAUGUGUCAGCCCUGCAGGCACAUCUUCUGUGAGCCUUGUCUGAGAACGCUGGCCAAGAACUGUCCCGCCAACACCCCCUGCCCCCUCUGCAGGACCACCAUUACGCACGUAUUCUUCCAGAAGGAGUUAAACAAUAUGGCGAGGACCUUCUUCCCAAAUGAAUACCUGUGUCGGAAGCAGAACUUCCAGAAGGCGAGUUGUGCAAAAUGGCCUCUUCCAAGCUGCAGGAAGCUCUUCAGAAUAUUUGGAGGUUUCAGGAGACCCUCCAGUCCCGGGGCGUGGCGUCAGUUCCCCCGCGGAGGAGCCUACCGUCUGGACGCUUUGGACUUCGACAACGACACCCCAGGGUGGCACUUUGACAUGGACAUGGUCAUCAUCUACAUCUACUCGGUCAACUGGAUCGUUGGCUUCUUCAUCUUCUGCAUCCUCUGUUACCUCUUUUUCCCCUCUUUUUGACAGCAUGGGAUCAUUAAUGAAGGAUGGAAAUUCGAGUGGAAUUGUGUGACCAUAGCAACAACAAUGUCAUACAACAGCAAACAUUAGGUACACCUGCACAAUUGAAUUACAGUGCAUUCAAUAUAAGAGCGUUAAAAAAAAUGUAUCAUAAUGCUUUUAAUGUGUGGAGAUUACAAAAAAUGGCCUGGCUGGUCCAUGGUAGACCACUAAAGCAGCAUGUUGUUAUCAUCAAUAUUAUUUUUACUUUAGCAUGUGCUAGCCUAAUGCUUAUAAAUACUACCUUUAUUGCUUUAAUUGCGAUAUCUAGUGAUAAAUAAUCGAGGCCUCAGUGUGUGUGUGGCACACUCACUGGCUGUAUUGACGUUGGUGUUUCAUAAUAGCGCCUUCCUCUGCAUUAAAAUACAUUACAGUAGGAAGGGGAUUCAAAAGGCCCUAUUUGUUGUCAGUUUACCUAAGACAUGAAACAGGAAGAAUUGGGGUUGGGGGGGUUGCACUACCCACUAUCCGCAUGUCAAUAGAGUGUUGAAUAUCUUAAAAUGUGUCUUGUGGCAAUACCAAUUUUGACCACAGCGUAGAGCGGCGCUUUCCACCUUUUUCGGCAGACCGCAUUACAAAAUGAUUAACACGGGAGGUCGUGUGAAUUUCUUCCCUAUUGUACAUUUGACCUGCAAAUAAAAUAUAUAUAGUUCCGAAAUAUAACUGGCAUUUUCGAACAAAAAUCUGUGCAAAAAGUCAUAUGUAACUUCGCAACUCUGGUUAUUAAGCCAAGUAGUAGAAAAGGAAAAGAAGAACACUUUGAAAUAUUUCCCUUUUCUUAGUUUUAUUUCAGAUCGAUGAUGGAGACAAAAAAUUACCUUUUUUAGUACGAGCCUUCUGUUUUGAGUCGAAAGAAAUGUUUCUGGUCAACACAGUCGAAUGACACAGCAGCUGUAUUGGGCGCAUGAUUUUUUUCUUAAAGUGACACACACAUCGAGGUAUUGAGGUACACAAUUGUCAUCCCUUGUGUUUGAUAAUGCAUCGAUGUUUCAAUAUCAUUCGACACACCACCAGUUACAUCCUUAUUGCUUUGCAACUGAAAUUGAAAAAAAAGUAUAUUUAAUAAUACUGUAAUUUGUAGAAAUAAUACAAAAUAUAUAUACUGUAUUUUCCGGACUAUAAGCGCAUAUAUAAACCGAACCCACGAAAUUUUAGAAGAACUUUUUUUUUUUCAUAUAUUAUCAAUCAAUCAAUGUUUAUUUAUAUAGCCAUGAAUCACAAAUGUCUCAAAGGGCUGCACAAGCCACAACGACAUCCUCUGUACAGAGCCCACAUAAGGGCAAGGAAAAACUCACAACCAAGUGGGAUGUCGAUGUGAAUGACUAUGAGAAACCUUGGAAAGGACCGCAGAUGUGGGUGACCCCCCAGGAGAUCGAAUGCAAUGGACGUUGAGUGGGUCUAGUAUAAUAUUGUGAAAGUCCAGUCCAUAGUGGGGCCAGCAGGAGACCAUCUCGAGCGGAGACGGGUCAGCAGCGCAGAGAUGUCCCCAACCGAUGCACAGGCGAGCGGUCCACCCCGGGUCCCGACUCUGGACAGCCCAUAUGGUACAAUACAAUCGGCAAGAUAGGAUGGAGCUAGACUGUGUAGUAUUUUAUACGAAAUGAAAUAUUUACGUAGAAAGAUUUUGUAAAUGUUUAUUUACAGACCUGAAAGGUUAAACGGUGCCUGUAACAAGGCAGUAAAACGGCUGAUCAAACAAACAAAACAAUCCAGUUGCGAUUGAUUGAAUGCCCUGAGAUUACAGUGACCUGGAUGAAUGAGAACAUCCAUAGACAAAUAAAACACAAGUCAUUGAUGUCUUUAUUCAUUCUAUAUGCAACAGAUUUUCUAGUUUAUUAAUAAGGUCCAAU